GAAGACUGACUUCUAAUUCAGGAAUAGUUGAGGAAAAUGGAGGAGCAUUAUAUAGAAGACUGCAAAGCUUUGUUAUCUCAAACGAAGCAGCAAGAGAAGGAUCUUAGGCUCAAAAGAAGGUGGUUGAUGGGUGUAAAUUUAUCACGAUGGGAGCAGGAUUGCAUGGAGUCUCUUAAGCCACCCAAUGACAAGUUUGUGCCUGAAUCAGUGCUUAGAGAAGAUGAUUUAAGUUAUGAGAACAUCAGAACAUUUGUUGAAAAGACACUUGGAGUACAUAAUGCUGAAAGAAACCAUCAUGUGACUGAAGAUGAUGAAAUACAACUUUUGAUUCACCUAAGAAUUUGAAGUAUAUAAUCUCCUUACUUGAUGAAAUGACCAAUAAGGGGCUAUUCUGUUUUGCUGAGAUUGUGACGAAUGGUUCUGUUAACUUCCUGAAAACAAAAAAGAAGAUGAGAAAGAUAAUCAAAGAAUUUCUUCCAAAACUACUUGAAUGCCAUGAUGACCAUUGCCAAAUGAAAUUGAAGCAACUGGCUCGACUCCUUAUGGAUCCUCAAAAUUUUUGCCAGAAUGAAAUGGCUCUUUCAAAUCCAUCUCAAUCCUUCCGUGUAGCUUGUAUUGAUGUUCUUGCUAGAUUUGAGGAACUUCCAUUCGUAGCACUUAGUGCAAUGUACCGAAAUCUCAGAGGGGUCAAGGGAUACACUCCUAAGUUGCAAGGCAGAAGGUCUGGUUGGAGUCUUGGGAGAUUAGCGAAACAAAUAAGGAGAAAAUCAAUGGAAAUGCUGCAAGAAUUUUAUGAUGGAGAUGAGCCACCAGAACCUUUGGCAAAAGCUUUGGCAGUUGCACACUUGAUGCUAAAACCGAAAUCAAGAACACUGUUACCAAAUGUUUCUCCAGAUAUAGAGGUGCUACAGAGUGAUAUUGCGAAGGCUAUUCAAUUAGUCAAGGAUAAAAGGAAAAUAAGUUACUUAGAGCUGAAGAAGUUGUAGAUUAUGCUGGAUCCAGGUACUGAACCAUCAGAACAAAAUUGUCGUGUGCGUGUGACAAUGAAGAAUUUGUUGACUGAAUAUCUUCUGGAGUGCAUCAAUAUGGACACUAUACCAAAGAGUUUGCUAGAAACUGUUAGAAUUAUCAACAGGACAUCAGGGGUCAGCCCCAAAAACCCUCUCAACUGAGGAAAUACAGGAAGAUGUAAAUUGUUUACUACAUUUGAGUGCUCAGGCAAAGCAGAUAGUCUGGGACUCUCUUCCAGAAAAUGAAUUUGACAAAGAUUUUGCUGAUGCAUACAUGGAGGAUGUUGAAGAAUGUGAUGAAUCUGGUUAUGACAGUCAUGACAAUAUUUGCAGUCAUCCCCCUGAUGAUCUUGAUUGCCAAUCAGAAAGUGUUGGUGAGACCAGCACAGUUGAUUCUAAAUCACCAGUCUCUUCAAGUCUAGCUGAAAACGUGACUCCACUUUUUUCACCAAAUAAAAAGUUAAGUAUCAAACUUGAAUCAAUGAACAUUACUGAAAAGAACUCACUAGAGUCUUGUGCAUUUCUUCGUUCUUCAAAAAUUUUUGACGACACUAGCAGUAUAGAUGAAAAUGGGGAUCAAGCAGGAAGUACAGGCCAACAAAGGCAAACUUGUUCUUAUAUUGAUAAAGAUGGAUUUUCCUCAAUAUCCUCUGCUAAUGGACUAUCAGGGAGGCUUCAUGAUGGACUGAAAGAACCAAAAACAGAGUUGGGAUACAAGCCAAAAUUUGCAUCUUCUAACUUUUUACAGGCAGAUACCACAGUAGUAAAUGAUAAAAGCAAUUUUGAGAAUAAGUACCUCAUUAUCCAAGAAGCUUGUGAUGAAACAAGUAUGUUUGCUUAUUCAUUUGUUGAUCAAGUGUUGAAUGAGUUGGCAAGGUUAGACAGGUUAGAGAUGCCUAAGGAUCACAUGUCAAAUCUCCAAGCUGAUGCAUUGGGCCUCAAAAAUUCCAAAGGUCCAACAAGGAGGCAGACUUUUGGCGAAGAUGGUGUAGGGUCAGUUAUGAUCAAUGUACUUGAAGUUCUAAUGCCUUCAUUUCCUAGCAGAGAGAAAGAGGAACUGAAAGUGCUGAUGGGCAUAUAGAGACGAAUUAGAAGCAUAGUUAUUGUGGAAGUUGGUAAACAUCAGAAACCCUUCAACAGGCUAUCUUUGACAUGAUACAUUAAAGUUAAAUCUGGGUUGGAGUGUUGGUUGGUGUUAACCAAAGCAAUCCAGGGAAAAUUCUUGCAUAGAGCCUGGCUCUGAGCACUGGAAUCACCUAAAGCUUCUGGGAGUUUUCUGUUUUAUAUUUGGUGAAAGUGCUUCAGGCUUCGGCAGAUAAACAUAGAAGCAAGAGAACCACUGAAGCAGUGGGGGACUAAUCAACAUUUCCUGGGUGACCAUGCUUGAUACUCAGGAUAGAAAUGCUGUUGGUACCUUAUUUGAAGAGAAGAACCAGCCAAACUCCCUACUGCUCAAAACAAUUCUGCUACUUGGGGACUGCAAUGUAGUCUGCUAUUAGAAAUAUGGUCAGAGGACGAUGCAUGAUAACAUCUGGUGUUAGCUGGCUACUUAUCAAAAGUGGGGAUGGCAGUCUAGAUUGCUAAGUAGUUGCUAGCGGUUAAGUGGCAACCUAACCUGGCCUCAACGGUAGCCAGUAAAGGUUUCUCAAAUCCGGUUUCAGUUGGCUAUUUACUCAAACGGUCUCUUCUUUUUGGACAAUGCUAGCCUCUCGUUUGUUUCAACAGGUUUGUCCAUGUAAGUUGUUCUUGGGUAUUCAAUAAUUUUUUUUUUUUUUUUUUUACCUUUACCCCCAAAUAUAUCAAAUAACUUGGUAACAAAUCCAAACCGUUGAUAUGCAAGAUCUAAUGGAUGCGAAAUCAAGUAAAAUUUUGUUUAUUUUUAACUGUUAGAUCUACUAAAUCAAUGGUUUAAAUUUGUCCACAGGUUUGGGGCAUGCCCAUGAUGUUUUUUGUCCCUUAUCCCCAAUUAUUUUCAAGUGCAUUGAAGAAUUUAUAAGUACUAGUAUUUU